GUAAAUUAAUCCUGGAAUAAUGACAAAGGAGCGGCAGGGGCAUAUUGCAACUAUAUUCUCUCCAUUUUAAUUUGGUUCCCUAAUCUCAUCAAAGGUUUAACAUGGCCGUCAAACACACAAACACGGUGGCGCUGCGUCUGUUGUGGUUGUUUUUGGUUUUAGUAGUUGAACUUGAUGUGAGUGAAGCACAGAGAAACGCCACCGCACCACUUACUGAUCCUGCUGAAGCGAGAGCGAUCAAUUCAAUAUUCUCACGGUGGCGGAUCAGGGCGAACGACAGAUGGAAUACAAGCGGCGACUUAUGCAGCGGAAUCGCUAGUGAUAGCAGCACCCCCUUGGAUUACAGUCCCGGCAUCAAGUGCGAUUGCUCCUACAACUCUUCCACGCUUUGCCACAUUUACUCCCUGAGAGUGUAUUCAAUGUCGGAUUGGGACUCAUCUUCUAAUGUUGUGGGUGAGCUGCCGGAGGAGCUUUGGACUUUGACCUACCUCACUAAUCUAGAUUUGGGACAGAAUUAUUUGACAGGUAGCCUGCCUCCUUCCGUUGCCAAUUUAACUCGGAUGCAGUACCUGAGAGUUGGCAUCAAUGCCUUGUCAGGGGAGCUUCCCAAGGAACUAGGCAAACUUACCGAUUUACGAUCACUUGCUAUUGGUACAAGUAAUUUCUCUGGUCCUUUACCAUCUGAACUUGGAAACUGCACAAGGCUAGAAGAACUUUGGAUUGAUAGCUCUGGAGUUAGUGGUGCAAUACCUUUGUCGUUUGCUGGACUACAGAACAUGAAGAUAAUGUUUGCUUCUGAUGUUGCAUUCACAGGCCCAAUACCUGACUUCAUUGGCAGUUGGUCAAACUUAACUGUCUUAAGGUUCGAAGGAAACUCAUUUCAGGGCCCAAUACCAUCAUCAUUUUCCAAUUUAAGGGAUUUGACAGACUUGAGAAUAUCUGAUUUAUCCGAUGGGAAUUCUCCAUUAGACUUUCUCACAAAUCUGACGGCUUUGACUACAUUAUCUUUGAGGAAUAACAACAUCUCUGGCUCCAUCCCUUCCAACCUCGAUGAGUAUCCAAAUUUGUCUUUGCUGGAUCUGAGCUUCAACAAUUUCUCCGGAGGAAUUCCAGAUUCCCUUUUCAAUAUGAGUUCCCUUGUCCACCUGUUUCUUGGCAACAACAAGCUGACUGGUUCUCUGCCUGCACAGAAGACUUCACUCCUUCAGUUUAUCGAUCUGUCGUAUAAUGAACUUUCUGGGAGCUUUCCUUCUUGGGUCAGCCAGCCAGAUCUGCAACUUAAUUUGGUUGCCAACAAUUUCAGUAUGGAAGGUUCUAACAGCAGUGUGUUGGCGUCAGGAUUGAACUGCCUCCAAAGAAACUUCCCUUGCUUCCGAGGGGAACCCAGGUAUUCCAGCUUUGCGAUUAAAUGUGGUGGUGAAGAAAUGAGAUCUGCCACAGGAGUGGAGUACGAGGCAGAUAACGCCACUCUUGGUCCAGCGGCAUAUUAUGUGACAAGAGAAGAGAGAUGGGCAGUUAGUAAUGUUGGUCUUCCUUCUGGAAGCAGGAAUCCUGAAUACAGAACUAACUUUGUAACAUAUAUUCCGAAUACGAGGGAUCCGGAGCUGUACCAGAGUUCGCGUGUUUCUGCCGGAUCAUUAAGAUACUAUGGCUUGGGCCUCCAGAAUGGAGGAUACAAUAUAAGCCUUCAGUUUGUAGAGACCAAGAUUGAGAACCCUACUGUUUGGAAGAGUCUUGGAAGGCGUAUUUUCAAUAUAUAUAUUCAGGGUAAUCUGGCUUUGAAAGAUUUUGACAUACAAAAGGAGGCAGGAGAGUCGUUCAGAGCUGUGGUUAAGGAUUUCACUGCGCGAGUGACUGAAAACCACCUUGAAAUCCAUCUCUUUUGGGCUGGGAAAGGGACUUGCUGUGUGCCUGCUCAAGGUAUAUAUGGACCUUCUAUUUCAGCAUUAAGCGUCAGCCCUGCAGAUUUCAUUCCUAGUGUAAGUAACAAUCCUCCAAAUGAGCCCGGGAACAAGAAAAAUAGGUCUGGCAUGAUCGCGGGUGUGGUCAUUUCAUUUGUAGCUGUAAGUUUUCUUGCCUUACUAGCAACCUAUUAUAUGGUCCGGAGAAGAAGGCAGAAGAGACAUGAAGAUGAAGAGUUCCUGGGCCUCGAAGCCAGGCCGUACACUUUUACAUAUGCACAGCUUAGAGCUGCCACAGAUGAUUUCAGUCCAGCUAACAAGCUUGGAGAGGGAGGAUUUGGGCCUGUUUACAAGGGGACUCUGGAGGAUGGAAGAGUUACUGCUGUGAAGCUGUUGUCUGUAGCAUCCCAUCAAGGGAAGAGCCAGUUUCUGGCAGAGAUUGAAACCAUAUCUGCUGUGCAACACCGUAACCUAGUGAAGUUGUACGGAUGCUGCAUCGAGGGAAGUAAACGACUACUUGUUUAUGAGUACCUAGAAAACAAGAGUCUAGAUCAAGCUUUAUUUGCAGGCAACGGAAGCUUUUCCCUUGACUGGGGUAGGCGAUUUGAUAUAUGCUUAGGAGUAGCAAGAGGUCUAGCUUAUCUUCAUGAGGAAUCCCGGCUCCGAAUUGUGCACAGAGACGUGAAGGCUAGUAAUAUUCUGCUUGACGCUCAACUCAACCCAAAACUCUCGGAUUUUGGCUUGGCCAAGUUGUAUGAUGACACGAAGACACAUAUGAGCACCCGUGUUGCAGGCACAAUUGGGUAUCUUGCGCCGGAAUAUGCUAUGAGGGGUCAACUUACUGAGAAGGCUGAUGUAUUUGGUUUCGGAGUUGUAGCUCUUGAAAUUAUCAGUGGAAGACCGAAUUCCGAUUCAAGCCAGCAAGAAGAUAGGGUAUAUUUACUUGAAUGGGCCUGGCAUUGUCAUGAAAAUAAUAGGGAUAUAGAGCUGGUGGACAAAGAGUUGUCACAAUUCAACGAGGAGGAGGCACGACGGGUGAUAGGAGUAGCGCUUGUAUGCAGCCAAACAUCACCGGUGAUUCGACCAUCCAUGUCCCGAGUGGUGGCGAUGCUAUGUGGAGAUGCUGAGAUUCCUGUUGUCACCUCAAAGCCUGGAUACCUGACGGAGUGGAACUUCAGUGAUAUCACUGCAUUUGAUGUUCCAACUCACAUCCCAUUAUCGACACACUCGCCCAUCCCCGCCUCCGAACCUAUGCUUCGGGAGGUCACUCGAGAGGGACGAUGACGCGAUUGCAGAUUUUAUUCAUUUUGUAAUAAAACUAAAUCGAGCAACAGCACAUUACACAAAAGCGAGAUUUGCAUUAUAAUCUGAGUAAUGAUUCAAUUAAA